GUUCACCCACACAGCAGCAGCAGCAGAGAAAACCUUUCACUGUGUGAGGACAGAAAAACUACAAAUCCUCUGACUCAGACUCAGAGGAGAUGGCGGAGAGGAAAGCUGUCUUGUUCAACUUCUGGGGGGUUGGUGUCUCCUCCAGACCUGAUGCUAUUUUCCACAAACUGGAGCAGUUGCAUAAGCUGCCAUGUGGUUUCCUGUCCAGUGUGGCGUCUCAGAAAGGCAGCGCCAUGAGCCAGGCGGAGAGAGGCGAGGUGACACUGUCUCAGAUGAUACCAGCAUUUGAAGAAGAGUGUGUGAAGGAGGCCCAGGUCAGGAGUGUCUCUCUGCCAUCUGAUUGGUCAGUCAGAGGGCUGCUGCAAGAGUUCAGAGAGGCGAUGACAGACGUCCAAUCAGCCGUCUUGAAGACUGCCGCCACCCUGCGUCACAAUGGGUUAUCCACAGCUGUGUUGGCCAAUCACUGGCUCGAUGACGGUGCAGCUGGAGAAGAAAUGGGCCGCCUUCUCUCUCUGCUGGGUGGCCAUUUUGACCUGGUCCUCCAAUCCUGCCGCUCAGGUCAUAGGGUCCCUGAGGCCGCCAUGUUCAGCUCCGCUCUGCAGCACCUGGGAGUGACAUCACAACAGGCUCUGUGGUUGGACUCAGAUGAGGAAGGUGUGAAGGCAGCAGAAGGAGCGGGGAUGAAGGCCAUCUUAGUGGAAAAGCUGGAAGACGCUCUGGAGAAACUGGCCAGCUUCACUGGAGUUCAGGCUGUAACAGCAGAGAGUGCGCCACCAUCCUGCAACCCUGACGAAGUGUCUCAUGGAUACAUCACCAUCAAGCCUGGCGUGAGGACUCAUUACGUUGAAAUGGGCUCAGGACCACCAGUUCUGCUGUGUCACGGCUUCCCUGAGAGCUGGUACAGCUGGAGGUACCAGAUCCCAGCCAUGGCAGCAGCCGGGUUCAGGGUGUUGGCUCUGGACAUGAAAGGUUUCGGAGAGUCUACAGCGCCUCCAGACAUCGAAGAAUAUUCCCAGGAGAACCUGUGCAAGGAUUUAAUCACAUUUAUGGACAAAAUGGUGAUACCUCAGGUCACCCUGGUGGGUCAUGACUGGGGCGGUGCCUUGGUCUGGAACAUGGCUCAGUAUUAUCCUGAGAGAGUCAGGGCUGUAGCAUCUCUGAACACUCCUCUGUUCCCUGUGGAUCCUUCUGUUAAUCCUGUAGAGAAAGGAAAAGCCAUUCCCAUUUUUGACUACCAGCUCUACUUCCAGAAACCAGGUUUAGCAGAGGCCGAGCUGGAGAAAGACUUGGAGAGAACAUUCAAGAUUUUCUUUUCAAGCAGCAGUGAAGCAAAGAGUCGUCCCAGUCUCAGUACUGCAGGAGUCUGUGCUCGAGGCGGGCUUUUUGUGGGUCUACCAGAGGAGAUUCCCCGCAGCUCCAUUCUAACGGAGGCCGACCUGCAGUACUACGUCAGCCAGUACAAGGAGCACGGCUUCAGGAGACAACUGAACUGGUAUCGGAACGGUGAGGCGAGCUGGAAGUGGAUGUGUUCUCGUCCCAGAGGGAAGCUGCUGAUGCCGGCGCUGAUGUUGACAGCAGGUAAAGACCCGGUACUGCUGCCGGUCUUCACCAAGGGAAUGGAGGACUUGAUCCCGAACCUGAGCCGAGCACACAUCGAGGAGUGCGGACACUGGACUCAGAUGGACCAGCCGGCUGAGACAAACAGGAUCCUGAUAUCAUGGCUUCAAGAAACACACAAGAAGGCUGGAGGCGUUACCAUGGCACCCAAACUGUGAAGGAGGGAGGGAGGGAGGAGGGGAUGGGAAGA